UACCACGGCGUCGUCCACUGUCGGUGGGACAGGCAACCCAUGCAGGCAAGAAGCACUGCUGUCUCACUAAAAGGCAUUCUUCAUGAUCUCUUCUCUGCAGUUGUCUUGCAUAAAGAAACAUUUUCUUCUGUGUCCACCAAGCACUGCCGCAAGAAAAAUCCGGAAGUAGCUUCCGUGUCCUGCGAGUGGUUACCGCCACCGACAGCCUAAUUUUUCAUGCCACGCAUAAAGCUCAACUUUGCGCGGGCGACUUGGGAAUACGGCUGUCGCUUGCAGGAACACUUGCAUCGCUUCUCCUCAUCAGCCGAAACGAGGGUUAGUGAUUCAGGAGAAAAUGUCUUGCUGGUUCUUGGAUAAGGUAUCUCUGAUUGCAGGCGCCAUAGUAGGCCUGUUUGAGACAUUAGCAAGCCACGCGCUGAUCGUGCUGGCGUGAGUUGCGACUUCAUAAUCAAAGGCGGCUCUUUCGAAGCAGCUGGCGGGAAUGCCUGCUGGUGUCGGUUUCAGGCCUCAACCGCGACAAGCGCCGCUGGAUUCGUGGGGCUCUGUUUACGGCGCGCACACACUACCGCCUCUUCACAGUGGGAUGAGAGAAUGGGUUCGCGUCGCAUAUUUGAUUGCUUGGCGAGCGAGAAUGCCGGACCCGGAGCCAUGUACGGCUGGGUUGUAGCUGACGUGAUUUUGGCUCUAGCUUUACAAGCGUACCUCACUAUCAACGUGACACGGGCUCGGCGGCGCUUCGGCAUAGAGUGCCCCGACGUCUACGCCAUCAAAGGAAUAACAGGCCGUACACGGUUCUCCGGCGAUGCUGACGUCAUGCUUCUGAGGUUGUCCGAUCAGGAGUGUGAAGUGUUCAAUUGCUAUCAGCGGGCCCAUCUGAAUACGCUGGAAUCGUAUCCUAUAUUCCUUGCUCUUCUUUGCCUUGGCGGACUUCAGUAUCCGUCUGCUUGCGCCAUCGGGGGCUUCAUCUUCUUACUCGGACGCUUGUUCUAUGCCUUUGGGUACUAUACAGGUCAACCAGAGAAGCGAAUGUGGGGAUCAUUUGGCGCAGUUGGUCUCGCUAUCUGUGCCCUGUCAACUCUGGCAUUAGCCGUGAAUUUGGUGACAGUAGGUGGAACUGGCUGCAUGGACCAGGUUCCGGACGUGUUUUCGCCCGGAGUACCAUCGUCUACCGAAUCCAACGUUGAAACACGACUUCUACAAGUCAAAUGACAUGCAGCUCGCCUCCAAAAUUCACCUACACUGAGCACAAAUUCGUUGAACCAUUCCGGCAAUGUCACCGGUUCCUUGGGUCCCGCGCGCUCGAGCAACUGAAGUCUGUACUCCAGUGGAAGACGACCCCGCGGCGAUUCACACUCGCCCCACGUUAUCAAAACAGUCCCGUAAUUCAUAUUAUCUCUGUCCAGGAGACUACAUUUUCCGGUUCCUGCGCUAAACUGACAAUCGAAGGGAGAAGAUACUGUAGCGGCCUAACGCUAACAGUGAGAGGGCUGUGUGUUGGUGUACAGUUGCUCAUCGAGUUGUGAGCACUGAUCUGCAUUCUGAAUAUCAAGUCCCUUGACUCACCAACGCUUGGAAUUUGUACUGUGAAAAUCUUCAACCUUAGUCGUUAGUCUGUCCUUCACAGUAAGGAUAUGCCAAAGCCCAUAUCACCCACUCACGCCAUCGACUCCUGGGCUGAUGUUUGGCGGCACCCAUCGCCAGCUUCGAAAACCCUUGAUGUUCACCAGCAGCGCUUCAGAUGUAUCCUCGAACACCGAUUGGCCAAAAAGAAGGGCUCAUUAAAAACGAAAAAAUCAUUUAUAUAUGCAAGGCGUCCACCUACCAGUGAUGGCAUUCGUUAUGGAUAGCAUCAUGAGCGUAGUUCACCUGAUAGCCCACCGGACAGUGGACUUGUGUAAGGUCAUCGAUGACGGCAGGCAAGAAAUGAGGUGACGACCUUGCUAAACUUUUUCGUCAGCUGAGCUUCUAGCGACAAGAGGAAAUUUUUUUGAGGACGACGGUAACCUGGGGACAUGGGGCCUGUUGGUUUGGACAGGUUAUUUUCUUGGGAAGUGCCGGCUCAUUACUGGACAUCGAAACCCUCGCUCCGGAGGCACUGGUUAUGAGCAUCAAUAAAGUUCUUACAUUUCUCCUCUCCAUUUAGCAGAAUGCACUCGUCGCGAGCUGCUUUGGUUUCUGUGCACACACAGCAGAUCCGCUUGCCCGCAGCAUUGACACGUUUGCUGCAGGACGAGGUACUGCCCGGCUGCUCGGCAGGUAAGGUUGUUGAAGCAGGUGUAGAUGCCUGCGAGCCCAUGGUGGAUGUAGCGAAAAAACGUCACUUGCAAAUAGUAAUCUUCGGAUACAGUUUGUUUAUGCAAAAAGACAGCCUGCACGCAUCGGCGUCAACGUGCAGGUAUAGAAUGUCGGCUGCAGUUGUCCGAGAUGCGAAGGGGGGAGCGUUGACACCUGUCUACAGUACAAGACCGUAUUUGUAAGGGAAAGUGACCUCAUACAGAACUCGCCUCAGUAUUCAAAUAUUUGUGUGUCCCUUAGAUACCUAGGAAACUGUAU